ACUUCAGGAGCUGCUUUCUGUGCCUCGUUAGCGCUGGGUAUUGAGUUCUGUGCCCCUCUGGCGCGCCGCCCCUUUUGCUGUAAUGCCCUCCCCCAGGGCUGCCUAAAUCGCACCACUAAACUUCUACUUCCCGAGCGCAAACACGCAGCCAUCAUGCAAGAAGCGAGACUGAACAGGGAAAUGAUAUCAGGCUCGUUGAUCCUCAGCCGUGCUGCCUCUCCCUGAAGUCAUUUCUAGCUGAUUUUGCCAGCGCUCGCUUGAACUGGAAUUUACCCCGAGCGCCUGGGCGAUGUUGCCGUACUGGCUUAGUUGCGUCGAGCCGCUGGUGUUCAUUGCGCAGGUUGGCAGCGCCUUUUUCGACACUGGGCUGCUGAUGGUGGCAAAAGAGCGCAGCAACGACACCGACGGACACAUCCCCGGCGGAAAAGCUCAACAGAAUGAGAUAUCUAACUUCUAUAUGGUCUAUAACAUGAUCUCCGGCUUCAUGCCAUUUGUACCUGCUUUUCUGUUGGCCAGGAUCGGGGACAAAAAGAACAGAAAGAUUCCCAUCUGCUGUCCGCUUGUUGGUUACCUCCUGUCCAGGUGCUUAUUGCUUCUGGUCAUCGUUUACCACUGGCCGCUCCAGGUCAUGUACGCAGCGGCGACUCUUCGAGGUAUGGCAGGUAGCUUUACCUCUUACUGGGCUGGUAUCAUGGCGUUGGCAUCAGAAGAAUCCAAUGAAAGGCGGAGGUCAUUCCGACUGGUGACUAUCGAGCUGGUGUACGGAAUAGCGGGAUUCCUGGGCAGCAUUGCAUCGGGUCACAUCUUUAACGUAUUUACAGUCAGAAGAUCGCACGGCACCCUGCUGGCAGCGCUGAGCGUCGGCCUUUAUGCCAUUUGUUUGCUUUACUCGUUAUUUCUUCUGAAGGUCCCAAAAGCAGCAGCGGCUUCACCCACAGAGCGUGAGUCAGCGGUUAACAGCGGGUCAGCUAUCGGCGACUCCAGUGAGCGCACUAAGCUCCUGCUGCGCAGGGCAUCAAAUACAGGUUUAACAGCCGCAGGUCAGACACUACCAUCUAUAGACAGGGUCACCAUUGGCCUUCUGUUUGUUGGAUCUACUCUGUACAACGUGUCAGUGGACGGAGCGGUGGACAUCCUGCCCACAUUCGUUGUCACCAAGCCGCUGAACUGGACGGCGGAACAGGUUGGCUACGGAAAUGCUGCUGGCUUUGUGAUCUUCAUUACGAGCUUUUUAGGGGUUACGGUCUUCUCCAGGUGUGCGAGGGACACCACAAUUAUCAUCAUUGGCAUUGUGUCUUUCCUUUCUGGGAUGUUAGUAAUGGCAUUUGUGGUGAAAACGUACCAGUUCUAUAUCGCCAGAGCUUUAAACCUCUUUGCUCUAAUGACUAUGCCCACCAUUCGGUCAAUGCUCUCGAAACAAGUAGACGCCUCAUCUUAUGGUAAGAUUUUUGUUUUGCUGGAGCUGUCAUUUACUCUUGCCAGUGUUGUCACUUCACCCAUUUUCACCAAGAUAUACCAAGCCACCUUGGACUGGUUUGCUGGUUUUUGCUUCAUUUUGUCCAGCAUCCUUAGCUUUUUGGCCAUCAUCCCCAUUGGAGUUGUAGCAUACAGAACAAGGCAACAACAUGGCUAUGAGCCAAUACCAUCUUCAUAAUCAGGUGGUUUUCACACCUCUACCUCUACUUCAUCAUCAGUAUUUUUGUAUGUACUCUAAUAAUAAAUUGACCAAGAAGAUUUCCCCCAUGUGGCGAUGGACCUGUGACAUCUGUGACAAGUUGCAGUGGCUACCGUCUGCUUCUUACUCCACUGCAGUUUCACAUCUUAAUGAAAGCAACACUAAAGGAAGUGAGAAAAUGAAUUGCUAAAAAACAAAAUGAAGAGAUGUCACGUGUAGCAAACUAGCCUUCUUUCAGCACUGAAAAUGGCAAUGAUAGUCCUUUUACAGAUCCAUGUCUUCACACAGUGCCAAUAAAAAUGAUUAUCAUUCAUGUCGAAGAAUGUUUAUUGGUGACAAGAGGUGAAAUCUUCAUGGAAGUCAUUGACCACCAGAGUUUAGUGGCCUUCAGCCAGUUCACUGUAAUUGGCUUUAAAAUGCCAUAAGGCAUAGUUUUAUUAAAUUUGUAAAAAAUA